GUCACCUUCACUGACGAAAAGGCAAUGAAGGAUGGCGUUCUUGAGGCCUGCCACUUCCUCGGUGACCGUCGCCUCAUCGUCCGGCCUGCUUAUCAUCGGGAUAGCGCCUGCCUUCCCAGGACCAAACCGCGAGCCCAGUUAAGUUGCCUUCUAGUCGUCCUAAACUCCUCAAGCUUACAGCCCUUAUAA